AUAACCUAACGCCAUAUCCGGUAACGGCAUCGUAGUUUCACUGGUGGUGUAACUAAGAAUAGAGCUGUUCUGGUCAAGAAGGCCAAAUAGCAAAAGCAUCAUGUUGCGACUGCCGACAGUUGGCCGAGCUCUAGCCGGAGCUGCCAAAGGCAGCCUGGCUCCUUCCACUCCUGUACGCACUCCGGUGCGUGCUGCCAGCAACAUGGUGGAAGUGUUUGUUGAUGGGAAACCAGUGGAGGUGGAGCCUGGAACUACAGUGUUGCAGGCCUGUGAGAAAGCAGGAAUUCAGAUCCCCAGGUUCUGUUACCAUGAGCGUCUCUCAGUGGCAGGAAACUGCCGUAUGUGUCUUGUGGAGAUUGAGAAGGCUCCAAAGCCAGUAGCAGCCUGUGCCAUGCCCGUCAUGAAAGGCUGGAACAUCCUCACCAAUUCAGAGAAAACUCGCAAAGCCAGAGAGGGAGUGAUGGAGUUUCUGCUGGCAAACCAUCCUCUGGACUGCCCAAUUUGUGAUCAGGGAGGAGAGUGUGACCUGCAGGAUCAGUCCAUGCAAUUUGGAUCUGACCGCAGUCGCUUCACAGAAGGAAAGAGAGCAGUAGAGGACAAAAACAUUGGCCCUCUCAUCAAAACCAUCAUGACCCGAUGUAUCCAGUGCACACGAUGUGUCCGUUUUGCCAGCGAGAUUGCUGGAGUUGAAGACUUGGGAACGACAGGAAGAGGAAACAACCUGCAGAUUGGGUUGUACGUGGAGAAGAUGUUCAUGUCAGAGCUGUCGGGCAAUAUCAUCGACGUCUGUCCUGUUGGAGCGCUCACCUCCAAACCCUACGCUUUCACUGCACGACCAUGGGAGACCAGAAAAACAGAAUCAAUUGAUGUGUUAGAUGCAGUUGGCAGCAAUAUUGUGGUGAGCACAAGAGGAGGAGAGGUUAUGAGAAUAAUGCCCAGGCUGCACGAAGACAUCAACGAAGAAUGGAUCUCUGAUAAAACCAGGUUUGCAUAUGACGGUCUAAAGAGGCAGAGGCUGACCCAGCCAAUGGUAAAGGAUGACUCAGGUCAGCUGAGUCCGACCACGUGGGAAGAUGCUUUAACUCGUGUUGCGGGAGCACUUCAGAGCGUGCGGGGCAGUGAGGUAGCAGCCAUAGCUGGAGGAUUGGCAGACGCUGAAGCUUUGGUGUCCCUAAAAGAUCUCCUUAACAGACUCGACUCAGAGAACUUGUGCACAGAAGAGCUCUUCCCUAUGGCAGGGGCAGGCACUGACCUGCGCUCCAACUAUCUGCUGAACACCGGCAUUGCCGGCAUCGAGGGCUGUGAUCUGCUGCUGCUCGUAGGAACAAACCCACGUUAUGAAGCUCCGUUGUUCAACGCCAGAAUCCGCAAGAGCUGGCUUCACAAUGACCUGCGUGUUGCUAUGGUUGGUCACAAUGUCGACCUUAGUUACACAUAUGACCACCUGGGAGAGGAGACUUCAGUACUAAAGGAGCUGGCUAAUGGCACUCAUCCUUUCUGCCAGGUUCUUGCAGGUGCAAAGCGUCCAGUGGUGGUUGUUGGCAGCAGCUCUCUUCAGAGAGAAGACGGAGCAGGCAUCUUGAGCGCUGUCUCAACUAUUGCUCAGAACGCCAGAACAAGCAGUGGAGUGGAGGAUGGCUGGAAGGUCCUCAAUGUCCUACACAGAGUGGCCAGCCAGGUGGCUGCAUUGGAUCUGGGCUACAAACCGGGCAUCGACGCCAUCAGGAAGAAUCCACCCAAAGUCCUCUUCUUGCUCGGAGCUGAUGCCGGUUGCAUCACCAGAGCGGACCUUCCUAAAGACAGCCUCAUCAUCUACCAGGGUCAUCAUGGUGACGUAGGCGCACCAAUGGCAGACAUCAUCCUUCCUGGUGCUGCAUACACAGAGAAAAAUGCCACCUACGUCAACACUGAAGGCAGGAGCCAGCACACCAAGGUGGCUGUCACUCCGCCUGGGAUAGCAAGAGAAGACUGGAAGAUCAUCAGAGCGAUAUCUGAGCUUGCUGGGGUGACGCUGCCCUACGAUUCACUGGAUGAGGUCCGAUCCAGGCUAGCUGAAGUCUCGCCUAACCUGGUUCGUUACGAUGAUGUAGAGGAGGCAAACUACUUCAAACAGGCUAAUGAACUUUCAAAGGCUGUGAACCAGGAGCUCAUAGCAGCUCCUUUGGUUCCACCUCAGGUCACUGCAAAGGACUUUUACAUGACAGACUCUAUCAGCAGGGCAUCCCAGACGAUGGCAAAGUGUGUCAAAGCACUCACGGAGGGAGCUGACGCUGUCGAUGAGCCGUCUGUUUGCUGAUCACCUGAUAAGACCUCAGAUAAAUAUAGCAGUUGUCUCGUUUAUUCCUAAACAUAACAUGCUUCUCUGAACAAACUCAGUGUUGCUCCAUAAUUUAAAACUUUCCUUGUUGCUUGUUGUGUACAUUGAAAUCAUUUUCACUUGGAUUCAGCUUUGUUGAAAAAUGCUGAGAAACAUACUAGAAUAAAAAUGAAAUCCUAAGUAUUUA